AAUUCGAGCUGACGUGGCGAAAUGUGGGUGACAAAAUCAUGGUCCGUUACAUGAGAGAGAAUCAAAUCCAAGCCUUAUCUGACCAAUCAAAGUCGUCCCCGCCACUUACUCGCCCCUUAUUUCUCUCUCUCUUUAACUCUGCAACUUAACUCACUUGACUCUCUCUAUCUCGCACAUAAAUGGCGACCGCAAACUCUCUCCGCCACCGUCAAUCUCAUCACCACCACCACGACUGCGAUCACCACCGUCGUUGUCUCCAUAGCCAUUCAAUCUCCAGACCCACUUCCCUUUCCUUCAGACAACCCACCUCCUCCUCAUCCUCCGCCGCCGCCGUAUUCUCUCUCUCCUCCUCUGCCGCCUCGCCCGCCGCCUCCGCCCCCUCGGCCGCUGAACCCGAGAUCACGUUUGACGUCCUGGAGAAAGACCUCUCCGACAAAAACUUCCGGCAAGCCGACGAGGAGACACGGCGGCUACUCAUCCAGCUCGCCGGAGAAUCCGCCGUGAAACGCGGGUAUGUAUUCUUCUCCGAGGUUCAGUUCAUCUCCAAAGAAGACCUCAAAGCCAUCGAUGACCUUUGGACAGAACACAGUGAGGGUAGAUUCGGGUACAGCGUGCAACGCAGAAUCUGGAACAAAGUGAACAAAGACUUCACCAGGUUCUUCAUUAAGGUGGGUUGGAUGAAGAAGCUCGACACGGAAGUGGAACAGCACAAUUACAGAGCGUUUCCUAACGAGUUCAUGUGGGAACUCAAUGGGGAAACGCCCGAAGGGCACUUGCCACUCACAAACGCGUUACGAGGAACGCAGCUGCUGAACUGCGUUUUGAGCCAUCCUGCGUUUGCGGUUGCAGACGCUGAUGAAGUUGGAGAAGGAGACGAAGCGAAGGUAGAAGACAACAGGAACGUUGCCAAGAAGCAGACAGUGAGCAAAAGGGUGUUCAAACCAGAUUACAGUUUCUGAUGUUUUUUUUUCUCUAAAAAAAUUUGGGGAAAUUGAUUUGUGAUAAAUUGUACUAUCUUGCCCUUUUAUUCCAUUCUCUUACCAGAGGAUUCUAUUGGGUUUAUGGAUAAGGUCACGGUUUUAUAUUUACAAGUAUGGUUACAAACA